GGUCAAGGUAUCCAUCAUGGCGUCUGCCUGUGCGUUGCAUUGGGUACCUGAUUCGUUGUAUAAUACAGCCGUUUCAGCUAUCGUAGCUUCAUAUCCAAGGGGCAGAAGGGAUUUAAAGGUUCUACCAGAAAAUGUGCAGUUUGAUAUAUAUUAUAAGCUCUACAGUAAGGGAAGACUCUGUCAGUUGGGAAUGGAAUUUAGUGAUUUAGAUACAUUUGCCAAAGUCUUAAAAGUCAAUGACAAAAGACACCUUCUACACCACUGUUUUCAAGCAUUGAUGGAUCAUGGGUUACGGGCAUCGGGAAUCUUGGCUGAUUCUUUUGUUGUUCGUUUGUCAGAAAUAAUGAAGAAAGAUCAGUACACAAAAAUCAGAUAUCUGCAGCUUGGAUUUAAUUUAGGUGGCUUUCUCAGUGAUGCAGGCUGGUUUCAAGACAGUGAGCGUGUGUACAAGGCAUGUGCGGAAGUGUGUCAGGCGGAGACAGAUACUGGCAGUUUGUGUAGAGCUUUAGAAUGCAGUGUCAGAUUACUGCAUGUACAGAAUGCCAACUGUAAGUAUAGAGAGGCCGACCAGACCUGCAGGGAAGCAUUCCGCCUGAUGGAGAUUCUGGCGCAGCAUGGGAUAACAGUCAGCAAGUCAGCUCUCUACACAGAAUGCUGUGCUUUGCUGUUUGCUGAAAGUCAGUACGAUGAGGCUUACAAGUAUUGUACACUGGCUCUACAUGAACUGGCUCCCUCUUUGUCUCAUAAGGCUGUGGUGGAUGUGUUGCGGCAGUGUUCCAAGGCAUGUGUAGUAAAGAGAGAGUUUGAAAAGGCAGAAGUUCUUAUCAAACAAGCAGUUGCAUAUGCAAGGGAGCAUUUUGGAAGCCAUCACCCCAAGUAUUCUGAUGCUCUUCUUGACUAUGGUUUCUAUCUACUCAAUGUAGAUUCAAUACCUGGGUCUGUUUGUGUGUACCAGAUUGCUCUAGACAUCCGACAGGCUGUGUUUGGUGGUAACAACCUGUAUGUGGCCAUUGCCCAUGAAGACCUUGCGUAUGCGUCCUAUGUCGAGCAGUACAGUUCGGGCAGGUUCCAGAAGGCAAAUUUUCUUUUUUGCAGAGAUCAUGCUGAAAAGGCGAUUGAGAUUUUGUGCAAUAUUCUUCCAAUAGAUCAUUUAUUACUUUCCUCUUCAAAAAGAGUCAAAGCUCUGAUCCUGGAGGAGAUUGCCAUUGACAGCCAUAACAAGAAGAUGGAGGACCAGCUCCUGCAUGAGGCCCAGGACCUUCACCUACAGUCUCUAGAACUGGCCAAGAAGGCCUUCGGGGAAAACAAUGUCCAGACAGCCAAACACUAUGGCAACCUAGGCAGAUUGUAUCAGUCCAUGCACAGAUACAAGGAAGCGGAGGAGAUGCACCUGAAGGCUAUAGAGAUCAAAGAACGGCUGCUGGGGCCAGAGGACUAUGAGGUGGCACUGUCUGUUGGACAUCUUGCCUCAUUGUACAACUACGAUAUGGAGAAAUUUGAUGAGGCAGAAAAACUCUAUCUACGUUCAAUAGCAAUAGGUCAGAAAUUAUUUGGCGAGGGCUACAGCGGUCUGGAAUAUGACUACCGUGGACUGCUGCGUCUGUACCACAAUGUAGGUAAACAACAGCUGGCUUUACACUAUAGUAACAUCCUACAGCGGUGGAACCACAUACGGGACUCACACAACAUGGAGGAAGUGAAACCUUUGGACUACACUGUCACACAGUCUAUACACCAGAUUAUUGAUGCCUACUUCUGAUGUAAUGUGUAGUUGAUGUUUUCUGUCAGUCACUGCCAGGACUCGGACGAUGUUAGUGAAAGGAUACAUUGAGCUGGCAGCAUGUUUCUGUGAUAGACAGGAUGGUGUGCCACAAGAUGGAGAUUUGUCUCUGAAGCUCACAGCUCAGUGGGAGAUGUGAUGACCUUGUGAUAGACAACAGGAUCAGAUGUCUGUAGAGGGAUUUCUUUGCAGUAUGUCCGAUGGAAAUUGGUGGAUAAUGAAGGGAUCACUGUAGCUAAGCCUACUGUAUUGGUGACGAUGGGCUGUGAUGGUGACAGCUGCUAUUCUUCAGUGAUACCAGGUGGCAGGUGCCCCUUUAUCAAGUCGUCAGUAAUGCUGCGUGUUGGAGAGCUCAUGAACCUUGAUUCUAGGUACAACGAAUGGAAGUCAUGAGGGUAACAACACAAUGUUGACACUGCUGGAAUGACAGCAUCUAGAACUAUCUGAGUGUUACUUGGAACAUACCUUGUGAUAUGACACAUGUAUUUAUUGAUUGUAGUGUUCCAUGUUAUAUAUGAUCACAGAAGUGAUGAAGAUGAAGCUCAAGGGGAGAUAACUCAUUACAACCGAGUUAUGGAAGUUGGAGAGAACCUUAUCUGAAGUAUAUGUCAAAAUGACUAGGGCAUUGAUCUAUGUUCCAUUUCACACUGAACUUGCAGCUAUGUGUGUUUGUGUGUCAAAGCUGUUAGAAGGACAAUGUUCAGAUUCUGAGCAUAUUACAGCUAUUUUUUCUAAUGGUUGACAAGCAUGGACGAUGAAUAAAAACUCAUAAUAUAUUAAUCAUGUUCAAAGGAAAUGAGUUACGAAAUGUAUUAGAACAUGUUUACUUGAAUCAUGUACAUUACGAUCACAAAUAAUCUAAUUGCCAAUGAAGGGACUGCAUGAUGUUGCUUCGUACAUUAUAUUAAUGUAAUGUUCACCAUAUUUCUCUCAUCUGUUCUUUAUAUUUAUAAUUUAUUCUUUGUUUUAUUUUACUUAUGAUUUAGCAUACAUUUGACACCUCGCCUAGUGUUUUGUGCUGAUGUUUUGAUGACAUCAAAGCUGAGUAGAAAGUCAGGAAUUUGGGUGUACAGGUUGGCAGCAGGCCACGUAUGCUUUGUAGUGCUGUAGAUUUUGUUAAUAAUUUUAUUUUCAAUGUUUAUACCAUAAUGUUCAGACACAGUAAUCAUCUUGCUGAGUCAACACUUUCACUCAUCAUUGUCAUAUUCUUGUAUGAUUUGGUUGCCCGGACUGCAAGUAUGUUACUUUUGAAUCACAUCGGCAUUGAUUAAACUGGCAGAAGGGUUACAAACAGGAACUGGAUAAGCAAUGAUAAGUCAAUUAUUUGGAUAGUACAUACAUCAGAUUUUGAUGACCUUUUUCUUGAUAAGUACUGAGGAAUUUGGAACCUUUUGGAUGCGCCGGACAUGCUGGAGCAGUAGUCGUUAAUGGCAUUGCAAUUCGUAUCCUAUGGUCAUGGGUUCGAAUCACAGUUUCGCCCUGGUAAUGAUCCUAGGUUUGUCAGUACAAUACCCAUGCUUGUGAGUUUCACAAGAUUGGUAACCAUGGUGACUGUCUCAAGACCUACAUCACCAUGAUGACUUCAGACUUUGUCCUGGAUAAACCUGACUCGCAGUGAUAAAAAUGAAACCCACUCACUCAUGCCAGUGUUUUUCUGAAAACAUGUUUAGAACAUGUCUGACUGAGCUGUUCAGGGGAAGUGGGGUAGCCUAGUGGUUAAAGCGUUCACUUGUCAUGCUGAAGGCUUGGGUUCAAUUCCACAUGGGUACAAUGUGUGAAGCCCAUUUUCUGGUCUCUCCUGCAGUGAUAUUGCUCGACUAUUGCUCGACUAUUGCUCAAAGAGGGGUAAAAUUCUACUCACUCUCUGAGCUGUUCAGCCCACCAAAAUUAAGCCCAUUGGCUACUUGGGAAUAGGAUUCUAUGUAUAUGCCAAGGGCUUCCAGUUAUUCCUGAGAGUGUCUGUGGGAUCCCUGUUAUAAAUGUACACACACAAGAAUAAAACCUUGUUUGUUUUACAGACUGAAACCUAAUCAAGUCUGCUACCUUAUGAUGUAUGUUUUGUUGGUCCUGGGAAUGUUACAAGUUAAAGCAAGAUAUUGUUUGUUGAAACAACACGCGGAAAUAAAGGUGUCCCCAAAUCAUGCAGUUA